AUGCAAGGCGUUCAACCUACCUCGCCUUCUUCCCCACCUGUGGGAAGCAGUGGAAGACCAAGCAAUGCAACAUCCUCUAGUGCAAGUGAUAAAGGAUCAGAUUAUGUCUACUUUGAAAGAAGUACACAAGGCAUGUCCAAGACAACACUUGAUGCUGCAACGGGUGCCAAAUUGAAAUUGGAGCAUUUCUACAAAGUGGCCGUAGAACAAGCUAUCGAAAGAAGCAAUAGACGUGUAGAGGUGGAAAAGCGAUUGACAAAUCCACCAGACGGAGUACCAAUCUCAGAAGAACGCAAACACCGUCAAUUGGCAUCUCUAGGUCGCAAAGAAUCCGGGUUCUUGCGCUUACGUCGUACCAGGCUGGGACUGGAUGAUUUCCGUACCGUCAAGGUGAUCGGAAAAGGUGCUUUCGGUGAAGUGAGAGUGGUACAAAAGGUUGAUACCGGAAAGAUUUAUGCAAUGAAGACGCUUCGCAAAGCAGAAAUGUUCAAGAAAGAUCAAUUGGCACAUGUACGAGCAGAACGUGAUGUUUUGGCAGAGUCCAAUUCUCCUUGGGUUGUGCAGCUAUACUACUCUUUCCAAGAUGCGCAGUACUUGUAUCUUUUGAUGGAGUUCUUGCCAGGUGGUGAUUUGAUGACCAUGUUGAUCAAGUACGAUACAUUCUCGGAAGAUGUAACGCGAUUCUACAUGGCAGAAUGUGUUCUUGCGUUGGAAGGUAUCCACAAAUUGGGUUUCAUCCAUCGUGAUAUCAAGCCUGACAAUAUUCUCAUUGACCAAAAAGGACAUAUCAAACUUUCCGAUUUCGGUUUGUCGACUGGGUUCCAUAAGCAGCACGAUUCGGCUUAUUACCAAAAGCUGUUCGAUAGCAACAGCCCGCAAAAUCAACAGCAGAGCGGACGAAACAGUGUCGCAGUCAAUUCGAUCGUAUUGACGUUAAGCAGUAAAGAUCAAAUUGCAACCUGGAAAGCAAACAGACGUAAGCUUGCAUAUUCAACAGUCGGAACGCCAGAUUACAUUGCACCUGAAAUCUUUUUGCAACAAGGAUACGGACAUGAAUGUGAUUGGUGGAGUUUGGGAGCGAUUAUGUUUGAAUGUUUGUGUGGUUAUCCGCCUUUCUGCAGUGAUGAUGCUCAUCAAACGUACAAGAAGAUUUUGGGAUUGGAAUGGGCCUUCCCUGAUGAUGUUCAUUUGUCGCAUGAAGCGAUUGAUUUGAUCAAGAGAUUAUUGUGUCCCGCUCAACAUAGAUUAGGAUUGAACGGAGGUGCAAAGGAGAUCAAAGAACAUCCAUUCUUUGCCGGUGUUGAUUUCGAUUCGAUUCGUCACAUUGAAGCACCAUUCGUUCCAACUCUUAAAUCUAUCACAGAUACGAGUUACUUCCCUGUGGAAGAUUAUAAUGACGUUCCUGAAUUGCCUUCAACAGACGUCUCUUCGGCAACUGAUAACAAAGAUUUGGCUUUCAUGGGUUACACCUUCCGUCGGUUCGAACGAAAUGCAGAUCAUUUGUGA